CUCACUAUUUUAUGACGAUUGAAAUUAAGUAACAGCGUUAUAAUGGCUUAUUCGUGGGAUAACCGUGGAUUUGUUGUUCGAUACAUGUAUGAUAUUGACAACAAUGGGUUUUUGGACCAAAAUGACUUUCUUUGCAUGGCAGUAAGAGCCUGUGUUGUAGAAGGAAAAGGUGAUUGCAGCGCUAGUCGAUUAGAUGAAUACAAAAAAUUAAUGAAGAACCUAUGGGAGGAAAUUUCUGCCAUUGCCGACGAUGAUAAGGAUGGAAAAAUAUCGAAUCAAGAAUUUAAAGAUGCGGUUAAAAAAACAUGUGUUGGAAAAAAAUACGAGGAAUUUCCACAGGCAAUGAGGGCUUUUAUUGAGUCAAACUUUAAGCUUCUCGAUAUUGACAGUGAUGGAAUUGUAGGCGUAAAAGAAUACCGUUAUAACUGUAUAACCAGAAUAGCUAUCGACGAUAUAUCUCCUAUUGAUAAAGCCUUCGAAACAUUGUUAAACGAUGAAGAUCGAAAACGUGGUGGACUUUCAUUAGAUCGUUAUAAGGAAUUAUAUGGCCAAUUUUUGGGAAAUACAGCCGAUAACCAUCCAGCAGUUAAUUUGUUUGGACCUUUAUAAAUAAUUUGUGUAUAAUUAAUUGUCUUCGCUGUUGUUCAACUACUAUUUUUUUAAGGUUUAUUUGUAAUUACUAUGACUUAAAAUUUUUAACAUUUAGAUUUUAAACAUUCACAUAUUUUUGUGUAGAAUCGUCAGACAGUUCAUUAACAUUAAUGUUGGAUCCUAUUUAUAAGUACAUUGCUCUCAGAAGUGAAAAAUAGAUUAUUAUGUUGAUUUGCUCUCAUUAAGGCUUCUAAACAAUUUACCUCUCUCUCGAAGCCUGCAAGAUUUUUAUUAAUUGUUGUGUUAUAUGAGAUAAAAUAGAUUCAAUAAAAUAAUUAAAUUAUA